CACGGGCAGAACACCUUGCUGCAGCUGAAGAGAAUAUCGGUAACAAUGCAAAGCCUAAGGAAUCUAACCGCGUACGCCUUCACUUUGUUGCUGGUCGCAACAUUUGUGUCCCACGCUUGGAGCGCACCGAAGGGUAACUUCCAGCGUAGAAACUGGACACCCCAGGCCAUGUUGUAUUUGAAGGGAACACAGGGACGGAGGUUUGUCCCAGAAGAUGUACAGGAGGGAGAUGUCUACGACAGUCUACACUUAGAGACUCGUAGUCAGAAUAUCGAGAAGCUGAGUGUAUCCAAAGCUGCUGCAAUACUCCUGAAUUUUCUUCAGCGGGCCAAAGAAGAGGUCACACAAGGGGAUGACAAUGAACCGCAGGCUUACUUUCCAGACGUUCCUGGAUGGAAACAAGACUACUUCUGAGGGGGAACUAAAUAUAAGUGUAUAUACAUAUGCAUUGUAUAUUGUUCUUUUUUAAAUGUUGAACUGAACUGUAAUUUAUUCUGUCAGAGGAAGUGUUUGUAUGGAGCCGCUGCUCAAAAGUGUCUGAGUGUUUGAAUUAAACAGAACAUGCAUUCAUA